AAAAGGCUCGCGAGAGCAGACGACUGUGCUUUCGGUAUUUGGAUCAAUCUUCGGUACUUCCGGAGAGAAUUUCAGGUCCUUCCGAACAUCUCGGUAUUGUGGUGCCACGCAUAAUGGCGGUGUCUUUAAAAAGGGUUGUCGAUCGUUGUCCAACACCUUCGAAAUCGAACCUCAAGAAAGGUGGCAAUCCCCUCACUAAUAUCGCACGCGGUCGCAAGUUCUCGACAACCAAGUGGAAGGUUCAAGCGAUUGGAACCCCGAACACUGAAUCGACUCCUGACAUGGACCAAGCUCCUGAGAAUCCAUCUCUUGAAGAAAUUGAGAAGACACCGCGAAUACCCCCUCAUUUCGAGAGAACUCCAAAAUUCACGCCUGGAUGGCCAUGCACCGCCUUCAAGAGAUUCGAAAGUCUCCCCGAACUCCCACCGAUGACCCCGCCCGUUUUUUCCCUAUAUACUCCGUAGGUUCCCAAGACGAAGCUCCCUCUCGAUCCACGCUCGACGACCUUGAUUGGGUGGAGGGAUUUUUUAUCCAGGCAAGGUAGACAGACAGACACAGCAGACUGAUCAUCUGAAUUAUUGCAUGCAAUGAAUGGGCAUAUUUGUGCUCUCAUUUGUGGAACAUUUUAGGAGCGCUGGGUGAUCCCGGUGAAAGAGAUCAUCGACCGCGAAGUAGGCGACGAUUUGUCGCAAAAUAAAAUUUCGAAACC